AUGCCAAUCUGUGGUACAAUUCUGAAAAAACAUUGUCACAGUGUUGUGCGUCAGGGGCAGAAGAGAGUGUAUUGUGUCGUUUUGUUUGCAAAUUCCUUACGAAAAAGCCGCUAAAAUUCUAAAUAAAUUUAAGAAAUAAAAAUGUCAGCAAAGCGCAAAGCAGGUGGAAACGGCAAUGGCCCGAGCAAGCGUCGCCCAAAGAAAAAGGAAUCCGAUUAUGAGGAUGAUGUUAGCGAGGAUUCAGGAGAUGAAGCAAAAGCGUCUACCAAUCAAGUAGAAGUUCUCAUCCAACAUGACGAAUUGGAUCCACCCAGUAAACUGCCAGAAGAUUUAUUAGCCACAAUGGAUAAGGCACCAGGUCAAUUGCUCAUUGCAGGAAUGGUCACAUGGGAUCUGACCGGUAAACGUGAUCGAAAAAAUGUUGUUAAAGUUCGUCCAAAUCUGUUCAAUUUUCAUCGCUUUACGGACGAAAUGUAUCGUCACUGUGCAAGUGGUCCUACAUCAGCUCAUACAAUUUUAAUCAAUAUGGAUCGUAAAGCCAUUGCAUUUGGGCGUAACCCAUGCGGUCAAUUGGGUUUACCAGAUAUGAAAUUGUGUGAGAAACCGACAUUAAUACCGGGCUUGCAGAAGGUAAAUGUUGUACAGGCUGCCUGUGGACGUCAUCAUACGCUCUUCCUUACUGAUACAGGCUCUGUGUACGCAUGUGGUGAUAACAAAAGUGGACAAUGUGGUGUAGGUAAUACACAACCUACUAUAAAUGUACCAACACUCAUCAAUUAUCGUGGCUCACCCAUUAUACGUGUUGGUUGUGGAGCUGAAUUUUCCGUUAUAUUGGAUAUUAAAGGAAACUUACAUACAUUCGGUUUACCCGAAUAUGGUCAAUUGGGCCACAAUACAGAUGCAAAGUAUUUCGUUAACGCAAAUAAAUUGUCGUUUCAUUUUGAGACUUCCCCUAAAAAAGUUGUUCUGUACAUUCAAAAAACUAAAGAAGGACACGUUACUCCAGUCGAUAAUGUGCAAAUUGUAGAUUUCGCUUGUGGUAAUAAUCACACGGUCGCGAUUGAUUCGAAGAAAAGGGUUUAUAGUUGGGGCUUCGGUGGGUUUGGUCGUUUAGGUCACGCCGAACCAAAAGAUGAAAUGGUGCCACGUCUUAUUAAAUUUUUUGACAUACAUGGACGUGGUGCACGUAAUGUUUAUUGUGGAUCUACAUUCAGUUUAAUUGUUAAUGAAUUUGGAAUUCUUUUCUUGUUUGGACAAAAUAAGAAAACCGGAGAGGCAAAUAUGUAUCCCAAGCCAGUUCAAGAUCUGUCAGGUUGGAAUAUAACAGAUAUUGGCUGUGCUAAUACUUCAAUUAUGAUAUCCGCUGACGACACUUUAAUUGCUUGGGGUGCUUCACCCACUUAUGGUGAAUUGGGCAUUGGAGAGUUUCAAAAGUCUUCCACAGUUCCUAAGGAAGUGCCCAAAAUGGAUAAUAUGAAAAUUCCUCAAGUUUCCAUGGGCUAUUCGCAUACAGUGUUGCUCGUGAAUACAGAGCAUGAAGCAACCAAGUUAAAAUAUGAAAAAAUGCCAGAAUAUACCAUCGAUGAUUAAGCAUUUUUUAAAAUAAUUUUGUAUACGAAUACAACAAACAACUUAAAAAAAAAUUAGAAAAAAUUACAGCAAGAAAUACAUCUACAAUACAAAUUUUAAAGCCACUAUCCUAUGGUUCAUAACAGUAAAAUAUUCAGCUAAUGUUAAGCAUUUAGUUAUAAACAUAAUAAUAUUAAGCAGUUACAUAUUUUAGAAAUCGCAGCAGUACAACUAAACAAA